AUGUUACGACCGCAUGUCGCGUUCUUCUUGCGACGUCGCACCCCCAUCUUUAUAUCAGCGCUUGCCAGUAACCUUCACACAUCGCAAAUUUGCACGGGAAAAAUUCUAACGAAACGAAAGAAAUGUCAUGAACCUGUGUCCGUAGCCGUAGUGUUAUGCGGAUGCGGCUCACUCGACGGCACCGAAAUUUCAGAAGCUAUUUCGGCAGCCAUACACAUAUGCCAGAAAAACAUGAAGCCACAAUUCUACGCCCCAGAUGUUGAAAUUAGUGGCGUAAUCAAUCAUCUUACCAGAGAGCUGGAUACUGCUAGUCCUUCCAGGAAUGCUCUCGUCGAAGCUGCCAGAUUAGCAAAAUCGUGUAUAAAACCUCUGUGCGAAUGCGAUGCUUGUACACAUGGUGCUCUUGUUAUACCUGGAGGGUUCGGCGCUGCACGUACUUUGAGUAAUUUUGUUGAAAAGGGUGCAGAUUGCACUGUCUUACCCGACUUAGAGAAGCUUAUCGAGGACUUUUAUUGCGAGAAAAAACCGAUCGGCUCUAUGUGCAUUGCCAGUGCGCUUGUUGCUAAAGUGUUGAGAGGUGUGAAAGUCACGCUUGGCAAAGAAUCACCCAAAGAGGACUGGCCAUAUGCCGAUGCUAUCAAAAAGGUCAAAAGCAUGGGAGGUAGAGUAGAAAUGAAAGGUGUUAAAGAAGUAACACGAUGCAAGAGAUACAAUGUUUUUAGCACACCUGCGUGGUUAUACGAACCUGCUACUCACUCGGAUGUUCACGAAGGUAUCGGCAAACUUAUCGCAAUGUUAAAGAAACACAUGUAACAUGUCUCCGGGAAUUCAUGGGCACCUCAUGAUAUCUUAUU